AUGAUUGACUAUCUUCUAGGCAGACCAAGUCCAUCUUGGAAACGCACUCAGGUCUUUCUCGUCAUCAUCUUCUGGAUUUGGCGGUUGGUUUACGGUAGCCCCAAUGCUCCACGGUUUCUGUGGCUCAGAAGAGCCAAUAGGCAUUUGCAACGUUUCUCGCCCUGGCAGAUCAUCGUUAGUACACUUACUGCGGUGUAUGCAGCUCGAAAUUUGGACAAGAUUACCGGUUUUGGAGCGCCGGAACCUCUGGCUCGUUUAUACUCGCCCUCAUACUAUCGUGCUACAUGGAUUGCGAUUGGCCUUGAUGCUGGAUUUGCUACUGCUAUCUCCAUACGCCCUAAAUGGCUUAAAGACUUUUGCUCUAUCUUAUUCUCCAUCUAUUAUAUCAUCUACGCCAACGAAGCUGAUGAAAAGAUCCGUAGGUACAGAGCUGUUCCGACCGUCGAGAUGCUCAGAACUACUUGGGAGAAGACUACUAACCCAUAUCUCCGUUUAAUUGCGCGGACGCCGCAAAUGUCUCUAUGCAAGAAAUUUCUACUGCCGAGGCCUCCCACGUCGACAUACGACCGUCCUUUAAAGGUGCAUGUGUACUUUGCACCACCUGCUCCUCAGCUUCAGCAAGCCACGGAUCUCAUACUUGAUUUCCCUGGUGGUGGGUUUGUCGCAAUGACGCCGGAACAUCACGAUGAGCGACUGCGCUCCUGGGCGCUACGCACAGGCAAGCCAGUACUCUCCGUUGACUACGGCAAGGCACCAGAAUAUCCAUACCCCUUCGCGAUUGAUGAAUGCUUUGAUGUCUAUCGGGCUAUUGCUAUGUCUACUGGACGAUGUAUUGGCAUGUCUGGUAAGAAACUUAACAUUAUAUUGACAGGAGACUCUGCCGGUGCAACACUUGUAGUGGGCGUGGUGAUCAAGAUUUUACAUCACAAUGCCGCGCUCCCUGCUACCACAGCUCCUCUUCCCGCACCUGUCGCGCUUGUGCUGAGCUAUGCAGCUCUAGACUUCAAUUUUACCUCGUGGAUGUCCCCUGAGAACCUCCAGGUCCUGCGCUCGGAGCAAUCCUCGGGUAAUCUUCCGGGCAUACAUGAGUUAGCAUCGCAGAAAGACCACUUGCAACAUGUCAGCCCGCUGAGCAUGGUGGGGGACCGCAAACACGGGUCCGGACGACGAAAAUUACAUAGACGCAGGAGCUGGAAAGAUGCGCUAUUGGAUUUUACAGGGGUAGACGCUGACGCCGUUAGGUCGAAGCAGGUACCAAGUCGGCACCACUCCACCUUGGGGAUGAAGAAAAAGAGCUCCGUGGUAUCGUUUGGAACGCGCGCUAGGAAAGAGAGCGCGCGAACGAAUCCAAUGCGACACGACGAUAGUGGUUUUUGGGCGGGUUCUGAAAGCGACGAGGACGAACCUGUGAGAGAGGAGGACCGGCCACUUGAGAUCGUCAGCGAUGGUGCACACUUGCAUCAGACGCUCGAGAAGCAGCAGGAACAACUCUCUGCAGCUGUGGCGGAGGCUGACAAUAAAGCGACGUCUACCAAAGGCGAAGACAAGAAACGCGAACUGAUUGGCACCCGAUUGACAAUGACUAGCCGCACGGGGUAUUUCCAGGACAGAAUCAUACCUCCCAGCAUGAUGCGCGCCAUGGCUAUCCUUUAUAUUGGUCCCCACCACAACCCGGAUUUUGCCACUGAUUAUUUUAUCUCGCCUAUCCUCACACCUGCGAAACUUCUAGCGCAGUUCCCCCCGCUUCUGAUGCAAUGUGGUGAAAAGGAUCCAUUUGUGGACGACACCGUGAUUUUUGCGGGGCGUGUCCGUGAGGCCAAGCGUGCGCGUAAAAUUGAGCUGGAGCUUGCACUUUCUGGGAAGAGUGCCCGAUUUGGGGAAACGCUCCAAAUGAGCUCCGCGCACAUCGAAAGUGACGAGGGGCUGGAGAAGUUGAAGAAAGAGAGGGACCAACUUGCGAAAGAAGCGGAGGACGAUUGGGUGCAGAUGGUGUUGUUUUCUGAUUGGAGCCACGGGUACCUUCAGAUGAUGUCCCUGAUGAGUGAAGCACGGGCUGUGGUAGAGGAUCUGGCCGACUGGAUGGAAGAUGCGUUUGUGAGGUACAGCGGUCAAGAAAACGGCAGUCCUUGUGGCAGGGUUGAGGUCAACCCUGUUGAUCAUGCUGGAACAAAGAAGAUCCGGUCACGGAGAAAUUCGCCGCAAUCAUCGACUGUUGGUCCGAAACGGGUGAAUGGGGAGGCACACACCGAUGGGAGCCCUAGCCCAUUUACAUCUGAAACGGAGACGGACGACUCGGGUAUCACGUUUGUGGCUCGGAAGCGGCUUACUAUGACGCAGGGAAGCUCUGUGGGCUCUACACCUCCGAUGAGUUCGCGAAGGGGAUCUGGAGAGCUUAGUGAGACGUUGUUGCAAGCGCAGAAGAUGGGGCAGUUACGUCGUGGGGAUGAGAAGCAAAUUGACACGGCGACUAGUACGACGCCUCAGAGCGGUACGCCUCGUGGAGGGAACGGAAAGAUAGGACAACGGAUCACGGAGAGUGAAUUAUUGAGACGGAGGAGGUUGUUGGAUGCACAUAUAUUUGAAGGACAAGGUAGUUGA